UAUCCAGGUGUCGUUAGGAUCCGAUCAUGCUACCGCCGGGAGACAGACGACCUUCAGUUAUAUCAUUUCCACUUGUAUUAUUUCUUUUACUCUUAAUUUUUUGCUACUCAUCGGCAGUUGACGCACAGGGACCAGGAAACGGAGGACAAUCCACCGAUGUGACCGGGACCCAUCUGGCCGCCAGAUUCGUCGCCGUCCCAGCCAGGGCACCAGUGCGUGCACCACCUCCUCCCGCACCGAAAGCCGCCCCCGCUCCACCUCCACCCCCGCCGAAACCUGCCCCAGGACCAGCUCCUCAAUCCCCCGCCCCCGGAGCCAAACCCCCACCCCCUCGCCCACAUGGGUCUUCCAACGUAGCUCCUGGAUACCCGGGAUAUGUGCCUCUUCCGACCUCACCCCCGCGGCCCAAGAGCAAGAAAGGCCUUGCACUCCUCCUUGUAGGAUUCGCAGCCUUAUCUGCCGGCAACCUAGCCGCCAGCCAAGAUCAGGCCGACGAAGAUGCCAAGAAGUACCUCAAGGGGAUAAAACCGCCCAAGGUGCUGGACACUGACCCGCCGGAUGAUGUCCUCACGAAACCUUUGUACUACCACGACAAACGAAUCUACGAGAAGAACCCAUGCGAGCUCUACCAGGAGGAUCUGAAUUCGAGACCGAAUGAUCGGCGGAAGAAGGGCUGUCGUCAUGCCGUUGACCACCUGAAGGAGAAACUCGACGAGGUCCCUUCGGACAAGUGCAAGAACAUCGGAAUAGGAAGAUGCUUCGCUGUCGAUGGCAAGCUAGGGCGCUGCUACGUCGAAGUCGAUAGUGACAACAAGGAUAACAGACACUUUGAGUUGAUUAAUAAUUGUUAAAGUGAUUCGUCAAGGCAGGCCCGCCACAUCCCAUCUCUUGCCCUGGUACCAAUUUUCUGGCCCGGGCCCCUAGCACAGAGGGGGGUCCGGGGGGCCUCCCCCGGCAAAUUUUUGAAAUUAUAA